AUGAGUUCAGUACCACCAAACGAAAAAAUAAAGGAGGUUGAGUCAAUCAAUAACAAUGAUAAAUCAUUGGAAGCAGAAGAAGUACCUGCACAAACAAUAAAUGAAACAAAAGAAACAGAUGACUCGAAUAAAAGAACUACAGCCAAGGAGGAUGAAUAUUUAAAUAACAACAAUUCUAAUAAUGAAGAAGAUGUUGAUAAUGAUGAAUCACUAGGGAAUGAAGAUAAUGAAAACGAUAACGAACUAUCUAAUAAUCCAGAGGUUGAUUACCAAGAAAAAGAAUUGACAGCAGAAAACUUGGAUGAAAAACAGAUUGAAGAAAUGAAAAAAUUAGGAGCUCAUCAAGAAAGAGAAGUACCGAAUGAUCAAGAAUCUGAAUCAUUGACUCAUUUAAAUGCGGAGAAAAUGAAUAAUAAAGAUAGAUUUGAAAAACAAUUGUCAGAACUACCAGGUAAUGAUUCCUUUAAAGAUAAAAAAUCAAAAGAAGAUAAUAUAAUUGAACAGGAUAAUGAAGUAGAAGAAGAUGAUAAAGUAGAUGCAAAUAAUAAAGAAGAAGAUGAAGGAAUGAGUAUUAAAGAGCAAGAUGACAAGGACAAUUCAAAUUAUUCAAGAAAUCAAAGGCAACAUGCAGAUGCUGUUGUUGAAGAACAGUUACCUUCUAUUCCUUCGGAUCAAGUACCUAUAGAUGUGCCAUUUAAAGAUAAAGGAAAUUUUAUUGAAAGAACCUCCAAGGCUUCUAUAUUUUCAGAUCAAGAGAAAUCAAACGAUGACGAAAGGGAGGGAGAUAAGGAACAAGAAUUUGAUACCAACAAUAACGGAUCUUCUUCUGAAAAGUUGGAUGAUUUUGACAAUAGUGAAAAUGCUGACACAUCUGAAAAGAAAGAUGAAGAACAUGACUCCCUAGAAAAUGGUUCCAAAAAUGAUUUAUCAGAUAAUAAUGAUAUCGACCCAACAGCUCCAGAUCAAGAUAAUUCUCAAGAUGAUAUGGAUGUAGAUAUACCGACAGAGACUAACGAUAUUGCAUUUGCUACAGGUGAAGGAAAUAAAGAAUACGACGUUGAAGAAAAGAAUCAAGAACAAGGAGAGGAAGAAAUGUUAUCAUAUGCCCAAGUAGAUGAUCCUGCAUUUGACGCUGAUUUUAAUGUUGAAGAAUAUGAUAAAUCAGCUGAUGAUUUUGACGCGUCUUUACUAGAAACUGAAAAUGACAAAUCAAAAGACGAAGAUUUUGAAAUGCAAGAUGUUGAAGUAGAUGAUAUAAGUAAACCUGAAGAACCUAAGACCGAAUCAAAAAUUUCAAAUAAAUCUAAAAUUGGACCUGCAAAACCUGAGAUUCCAAAAGUAGAGCCAGCAACCAAUUCGACUGCAGCAUCAGAAGAAGCAACAACCGCCCCUUCUAAUACCGAACAAGAGGAAGAUGUAGAUUUGGAAGAUAUAAUAGAAGAUGAAGAAGAUGAACCUAUAAAAGCUACAACAAAAUAUAAACAAACACACCUUGUAAUUAUUCCUUCAUAUGCAAGUUGGUUUAAUAUGAAAAAAAUUCAUAAAAUUGAAAAAGAAUCAUUACCAGAAUUUUUUAAUUCAACUCAUCCUUCGAAAUCACCAAAAUUAUAUGCAAAUUAUAGAAAUUUUAUGAUAAAUGCUUACAGAUUAAACCCAAAUGAAUUUUUAACUUUAACUUCAUGUCGUCGAAAUUUAGUUGGUGAUGUAGGUACGUUAAUGAGAGUUCAUCGUUUUUUAAAUAAAUGGGGUUUAAUAAAUUAUCAAGUAAAACCUCAUUUCAAACCAGGUUAUGCAUUUGAAAAAAUGCCGAAUGGUCUGCUGGUUGAUUUACCAUAUACUGGAGAUUAUCAUGUCAAGUAUGAUUCACCAAGAGGUCUAUUUCCAUUUGAUACUUCCAGAAUUCCACCAGAAAAAAUUGAUGUUGGAAAAUUGAAAAAAUUAAUUGCUUCAUCAGAUUUACCAGGUUCAGCAGGUCUUGAAAAUGGAAUAAACGAAAGAGGUAAUAAGAAAAGACAACUCUCAAUAGAGCAUUCAAAUUUAAAAGAGGAACCACCACAUAAAAGGAAACAUAAAGAUGAUAAUGAUGGAUGGACCAAAGAAGAAUCUGAUAAUUUAAUAAAUGCGGUUCACAAAUAUAAGAAUGACUGGUAUCAAAUAGCAUCAGCAGUAGGAGGAAAUAAAACUCCACAACAAUGUGUCUUGAAGUUUUUAAAAUUACCAAUUGAAGAUCAAUUCAACCCAAUUAGGGAUUCCGAUAAAGAAGAUAUUAAAUUGUUAAAAUAUGCAUCUAAUUAUCCAAUCAAUACAAUAGAUAAUCCAGUACUCGCGAAUCUAGUAUUUAUGACAAGAAUAGUUGAUAGUGGGGUUGCUAAAGCAGCAAGUGAAGCCGCAAAAAAAGCAAUGGAUGAAUCAAUGAAAAAAAAACUUGUUGAGGUAUAUGGUGAAAGUAAAGUUGAAGAAAAUGAAGAAUCUACAAAGCAGAAAGGUGAAAUAAAACCAGAUACAACCAAAGAUAAAGAAGAAGAAACUGAACAACAAAACGGAUCAAUUGAAAAAGAAGAAUCCACAAACAAAGAAACAAAAGAAGCAAUUGCAACAACAUUUGGUAUAGUUGGGGCAAGAAGUCACUUGUUCUCAAGUUAUGAAGAAAGGGAGUUACAUAAAAUUAGUAUGAGUAUAAUUAAUCAUGAAUUACAGAAAUGUGAAACUAAACUAGCAAAAAUUGAAGAAUUGGAGAAAAUUUAUGAAAGAGAAAGACAAAAUUUGUCAAAACAACAGGAAGAAACUUUCACUGAUAGAUUAUCCUUAACAAGAUCAACAAUUGAUGUAAUUAAAAAGUUAGAAGAAGCUUGUUCAUUAUUAGAAAAUAACGAUCAAUCAACAAAACAAAAAGAACUCUCAAAACUCAUAUCUGAUGCAAGAUCCUUAUUAUAUAAACCCGUCAAACAAUCAUUAGAAGCAGUAGGAAAUAAAGAAAAUAAUCAACAAGAACAAUUGAAUAAUCGUGAAAAGUCAUCAAAUCAACUUGGAGAUGAUGUAAGUAAUGAUGGUUCAAAUAUCAGUGAAGGUAAACUGGUUGAUGAUUUUGCUAAAAUUGAUGAUUAUAAACCAUUAUCUUUAAUUUCUCCACAAACUUUUAAAAUUUGGGCUCCUUAA